AUGCCACGUCAACAUGCUGGAAAGGUGGAUUGGAAAUCGGUUGAUGGAGCUUUUGACAAACCGAGAAGACUGCAUUUGCAACAAGACAAGAAUCACUUAUAUCGUUGUCCUGUAAAUGGAUGCGAACACCCUGGAUUUAGCAGUUGUCGCGGUUGCAGGAAGCAUGUUUACGAAAAGCACGCUUGGUAUAAAUAUUUCGAUCAAAAACCUAUUGUUAUUUCAAAUACUGUUGAAGAAAAAGGCAAUGUAAUCACAUCAAAAGCCAAACAUACAAUUCCUUGUUGUUCUACGGAAAAUGAUUUAUGUCGUUCCCUUUCGGUGUGGUUACAAAGUACGGCUGGGGGCGGCAAGUCUGAAAAGCAAUCACAAAUUUCAGUGACAAGGGCUCUCAAGUUUAUAACAUUUUGUUGUUCUGAAACGGGCGAGGACGAAUUGAAUGCGACUUCGUCUUUAGAAAUAAUAGAUUAUUUUCUUGGUUCUUCGAAGUUGUUAACGGGUUUCCUUGAUUAUCUUCAGGGUACUUGGAAAAUGGGAAAUUCCGGCCAAUUAGGUUACAUAACAAGCAUAUCUGAGCUGUUAGAUUUUCGAAAGUUUAACUCUCCCUCGGGCGCCGUGCUGCAAAAUUUCUCUGUUACUGAAGUUUACAUCAAGAGAGCAAAGAAAUGUUUGUCAAAAGUAGUGAGGUCGCACUGGACGACAGAUCUUGACAUACAAACACUUGAAUCAAGACGGAGUUGGGCAAGCUUAGCCGAACUCCAAACUGUGAUACUCUUCCAUAUACCGCGUUAUAAGAUUAUAUUGGACGAAUGCAAAAACAAAUCACCUGUUGUUAACGCAACGAAUCUUACAUUCGCUACCCGAUUCCUAGCAGUAUUUAUGUUUUUUAAAGUUAAAGGCUCUAGGCCUAUGACGUAUCUGCAUUUGACGGUUAGCAUGUUUGAGAGUGCAAAACGAAAUAAAGGAAUGGUCAAUCAAACCACAUUCAAAACUGCCAAAAAGUAUGGCUUUGAUUCCUUAUAUUUUGACGAAAUUAGUUUGGAUGUUGUUGACAAUUACGUUCGCUAUGUUAGGCCAUUGCUGCAACCAAGGUGCGACUAUUUGCUGGUCAAUCGUAAUGGCAUUCAAUUUCAAAAAUUAACAGAAAUCUUAAGUAUACUAGUCUUUCAGGCAAUCGGAAAAUACGUUCAUCCCACAAGAUACAGGCAAAUCAUUGAAACUGAAAGUGUGCAAAUCCUCAAUGUAGAGGAGCAGAAGUUGGUUUCUGAAGAUCAAAAACACAGUUCGAAUGUCGCCCGAGUCCAUUAUCAGAAAUUGCGUUCUCGAAAUGUACCUAUCAAAGAGCGAACAUGUAUGGAAAAAUUGCGUGGUUUACAUGGAGCAGAAAUGGACACUUGCGUUGAACAGUUAAAACAAGAACAUUGUUCCGAACACGAAUCAAAAAGUGAUAACGAAACCACUCCCAUACCACAAACAACGACAGAAAAGGUUUCUGCCGAGAAACGCAAACCCUUGAGAUUCACGACAGAAGAGGAUCAAAUUAUAGAAAGGGGAAUUAAAAGAUUUGGUGCACGAUGGUGCACAAUCCUACGACAUCCAGAAUAUAACUUUCAACCUGGUAGAGAAGCUAGGGCACUUAGACUUCGUGCAAUUCAACAAAAACUUAUCUAGUGUAUUUCACUCAUGUACCUUGUAAAUAUAAAUUUGCUUUGUGAGUAGUUGAAUAAAAUUUGUGAAGUUCUAUUCCUUAUUUAUUUCUUUCUUAAACGAUUCCACGCAAAACUAAAUGCGUUGUCGGUUGCCUUAUUUUCUAUUCCUGCGACUAUAACAAGUAUAAUAUGUUUGCUUUGAAAAUAGUUGAUCAGUCUAAUUUAUAAAUCAUGUUGAAGCAUAAAGUUUUCACAAACCGCAAAUCCAUUUAAGGUAUAAUCUCUUUCAUAUACAACAGUGCAAUUCUCGUCAAUAUAUAAUAUACUUCAUGGCAGUGGCGUAGCCAGUCCGACAAUUUAGUCCCGCUAUGCAAAUUCAAAAUUAUUAUCAUUAUUCAUUUCUUUAGAAAUUGAUUGUUUUCACAGUCAAUGAACACGAAAAUAUUUGCAUAGCGGUACUAAAUCAUCGGGCUGGCUACGCUACUGCUUCAUGGAGAACAACACAAUAUAUUACUGCUCUCCACUAUGUUAUAAUAGUUAGUAUCGACAUCGAUUGAAAUAUCUUCAUACAAUACCGAUCAAAUAAUCGAAAACGGACUUUGCUGAGGAAAGGUUGCAUGCUAAUUAUUGGGCAAACCUUUUGGGUUUAGUUUGGGAACGUAUAUUCUUGUUCCUAUCUCGCGUUAUAUUGCAACUUAAAACUUUAGUUCCGAAAAUAGGAACGCCUUUUCGUUUCUUUCUCGUGCAACAGAACGAAUGGUUCCUAAAGUGUAAAAAGGAAUGAGCUGUUCCGCUUUAGUUUGUUCCUUUAUAAAAGGAACAGAGUUUUUGUUCCCCCAAACAAUAACAGCACU